GUGCCCGUGUCCUAUUUUGUCUAACUGCGAUCACUUCCUUUGUUGUCGGUCUCGUCGUCUCGUCCACGCGGAAGAAAAUAAACAAUGUAGAAAUGGCGAUGACAACCGAUCUAACGGCAAAAACAAUUACCGGAAGCGUUAAAAAUGCAUUGGAUAAUAUCGGAUUCGAAGUACAUCCGUUCAAGAUAGGCUGGUACAAUGAGUGUGUGGAGGAACCGUUUGUACUGCCAUAUGACUCAGAGACAUUGGCUCUGUUAGUGAUCAGUACCCCUCGUAUGUACGACAAAGCUUUCAAACCAUUCAUCUGUCGCCAGCAGUGUGAAGGCAUCAGAGACCCAAUUGACCAGUGUAUCGCACAUCAUUUCAAACUUGUGAAAGAGAAUUUUCCUGAUCUAGAAGUUGAAGCCGUGCACGAUUUUGAGUUAGACCACAGACGUCGCCCUAAAAUCCUUGUACAAACAGCUGGCCAUGUCGCUGGUGCAGCAUACUAUUACCGCAGAAAGGAUGUCACUCCAGACCACUGGGACGUGAAACAGAACAUCUUUGGUGUGAGUGUUCAUCCUAAGUAUGGAGGUUGGUUUGCCCUGAGAGGUGUUUUUAUCUUUAAGUCGAUCACCUGUCCAGAGUUAAUCCAGAUAUCUCCCCCUGAUGUCGUCCCUGACAGGGACAAAAGGAUCGAGCUUCUGGAACGCUUCAAUAUGCACUGGCAGGAUUGGAGCUAUCGAGACAUAAUUCCAGUGACAGACAACUAUUCAGAGGAACAAAAAGAAUACUUUGCUACUAAACCAGGAGAGAGACAAGCCGUUGUCCAGUCUAUAAAGGACAAUGGAGGCUAUGUUCAUAACUCAUAAGGGACUUUUAUGGACUGGUACAUGCAUGCAGUUAAGAGAUGUUACAUGGUUUCCUGUUUAUCAUGUAUUCCUUGUUCUAUUUAUACUGAAAUCAGCUACUUUUUAAAUUCUCUAUACAAAAUCAGUGCAUGAAUUGCUUUAUUGGAUAGAUACAUUUUUUUUCACAUGUUCAUGUCAGUUCAUCUACAAUAGUUCAGGUAACAAAUGAAUCUUGCGAGCAAGACAGGCCCAAAGGGCCUGUUAUUGUUGAUAUGUUAAAGCUGAUAACAAGAACUGCUGUUUUUGCAUUAAAAUGAAUCUCUUUUAAAACAUGCAUAUCAAAAUACAUGUAUAUACAAAUUGAGCUUGUGUGUAUAUAAGAAUGUGUAUAAAUGUAAUUUAUUCAAAAUA